UACAAGUUAAGUUCAUUUUUGUUGGACUUCCCCUUUAAGUAUAUUAUUAUUUAUAUGUCUGUAUGUAUGCAUGUAUGUCUGUUUGUCCUUUUGUUUGUCCCUGGUUUGUCUGUCUGCUUUCUUCUUUCUUUCUGUUUCUUUGUGUCUGUGUUGAAGAUCAUUUACUAUAAACAUCAAAGCUAAUACAGUGAACAUUAUAUCGCUAACAAGUUAGUAACUAAAAGUCCAAGAUGAAUGACCAUAAUGUUGAAUUUACGAAAAGAAUCUGUCUGUCAGUAUCUCUGCCUGUCUCACUGUGAAAGAACAUUUAUUGAAAACUUCAACGCUAAUACAGAUAACGCUAAGAGUUCAAGAUAAACGACCAUAGUGGUCGUAGAAGAACAACUCUAAUUAACAGCCAUCUGAUGUUUGUAGCUAUCAUCUACAGAGUCAUUACUACAAACUAUUCUGUCAAUCUUUUUAGCUAACACACUACUAUUGCAACGUUGUAAUGUUAACGUUGUAAUGUUAUAGUAUUGACAGUAUUCACCGCCAGUAUGUUUUAAGUUUAAUCGAAUUCAGCUUUCCAUCUUCAUCACGUGUUCUUAGUGAGAUCUGGUGAAGAAGCUUCUCUCCACUAUUCCCUCAAUGUCCAAAAUGUGUGUCUGUCUGUCUGUCUGUCUGUCUGUCUGUCUGCUUGUCUGUCUGCCUGCUUGUCUGUCUGUCUCUUUGUAUGUAUGUCUGUGUGUCUUUGUGUCUGUGUGUCUUUGUGUCUGUGUGUCUUUGUGUCUUUGUGUCUCUGUGUCUGUCUCUGUCUGUCUGUCUGUCUGUCUGUCUGUCUGUCUGUCUGUCUGUCUGUCUGUCAAUUUCAUUUAUGGAAACACAAACUCUACGUUACAUUUCUAACACUAAAUGCAAACAAGCUACUGAGUUCAGCUUCAAUUUAGUGCAAGCUACUGUGAUAGUCUCUAUUCAGAGGAGGACGAUUACUAACGUGUGCACUUUGAGGGCGGGUUAGUUUUCAACCAAUGAGCAAUGGUGAAAUCCCGUACCCUAUUAUGUGGUUUGUCUCAUUGCAUGCUGCAGUGUCGUGGAAGCAACAUCCGGCAAUGGCGGUAGUUGUCAUCUUGAGGGGCUGCGAAUCGUUCUAUUACAAUCUCCCUUGUUUUCCCCGUACUGGAUGCAAGACUAACGCGUAUUCGUAUGGCUUCAUUGAAUGAAAGUGGCAAGCAAGGUGUUGCUUUUGAUGGAUUCUGCCGCCCGGCGUUGCUUCAUGGCGUUACACUACCCCAACGUGUACCUCCAAUUGUCUCAUUUGACAUUCAGCUGUCAAGUGUGGAGACAGACAUCUUUCAGAAUCCGCGCCCACUGUUUCCUGCAGUAGAUUGUCCAGUUAUAUGGGAGUGGGCAGUGUGUGAUCAACAUGCCCAUGUAGACGUAACGCUCUCAUGCCUCGAAGGAGCGUCAUCGUAUCUUCAACAAGAAGUAAGCUACCACUUUGAGGGUGAGAAGGAAGACAGUGGUGAAGACUUGCCCGACGUUUUUGGAGCCAUCGAGGCAGCAGAAGAAUCUGACAGCGGAUCAGAAGAAGUCUAUGAGGACAAAGCCACAUUCAAAUGCUUGGGAUGCACAAAAGAAAGGACUUACCAGGAAUGCCUAAAAGCGGCUAGAGAGAAAAUGGAGCAGGACACGUUUGUGCCUAUUCGUCUACUUAAAGAGAACAGCAAUCCUGUAGAUCAACAAGCAGUAUCUUUUCAAUGUCAACUGCAACAAGGCGGAGGUUGGACUACAUUUGGAUAUGUUGCAAGAGAGCUGACAGGAUAUGUUAGAAAAGCAAUGGACAGUAACCAAGUGCGUAGUGUUUCUUUUAAAUGGGUGAAGUGGAGAAGCUGGGCAAGGUCUGGGAUGGGCUAUUAUGCAGCUAUAGAUGUAGUUAUACGAGGGUGCUGGGCACAUGCUCUUCACGCAAAAUCCAGCUUCUGAUAGUAGUUAGUGUGCAGUGUACCUUAGCAAUAUAAUAUUGAAUAUAUGGUCUAGACACCUAUGUGCUGAAC